AUGCCCAAGAUGAUUCUCUACCUCGAGCCGCGCCCCAGCACCCCCCUCCGAGCCCACCUCGACACCUUCCGCACAACCACCGCCGCGUCAUGGGGCCCCACCGACGCGCACGCGUACCACCCGCACUGCUCGCUCACGGGCUUCUGGGAUUUGCACGUGCCCAAGGACAAGAAUGGGAGAGAGAUAAGGAGGACGUUUCAGUGUGUGGCUGAGGAGCUGGAGGCGUAUGGGGUGGGUAUGGUGGAGGCGGCGUUGAAGGCGGCGGCGGAGAAGGUUUGGAGGGAGAGGAGGGGAGGGAGUGGAAGUGGAAGUGGGGAGAUCAAUGGACGUGGAACUGCAACUGGAACUGGAACGGGAUCUGGAACGGGAUCUGGAAGCACAUCAAGAACACCACCACCACAACAACAAUCGCCACCCCAACAUCCCACCACCCAGGACCCUCUCAACGACACCCCCCCGCACAUCUACGCCAUAACGGACACCGACACCACCGACACCCCAGCCCUUCACCUCCGCCUCCUCCUCCCCCCCACAAAAGUCUUCCCCCCCCUCAUCCCCCCCCACAACCCCCGCUGCCUCGUCCUUCCCAUCCUCCCACCCCCCGAAAUCACCGAACUGCAAAACCUUAUCAUGGAACUCUUCGAGAAUUCGGGCCGCUUCGUGAAUCGCCCGGCGAAGAAGAGGGGGGAUCAUAUCAGUAUGGCGUAUUAUCCGAACAGGGGGGGAAGGAUUGCUGAUGUGGCCGGAGCGGGUGGAGGGGAUGCAGGGGCGAAGAGGAUGGUGGGGACGGCGGUGAGGGAGGCUGUUGCGGUGAAUGGGUGUGCGGGGGGGAUACCGGCGUCGCUGGCUGCUGCUGGGCAUGGGGACCACCACAACCAUAACCAUCCAAACCACCGACGGAACAGCAAAUCCAAGUCCCUCGGCUCCCUCAACAACCACACUCACCCACUCACCCCCAUCGAAACCCUCGAACUUGACAACAUAGCCGAAAUGAAACACCACGCAGACACGCUCCUCGCCCCGCUCUUCCGCGACCCCCACGGCGGCGCGCGGGUGUACACGUUCGAGUGUGAGGGAUGGGACGUGGCGUACUAUGAGCUCGUCAGGGAGGAGGAGGAGCCGAGUAAAGGGGGGUGGCAUGUGUUUCGGGAGUGGGGGAGGUGGAGGGUAUCGUGA